UUUGUUCUUGAAAAGAUUGAGGAAGAGAAUUAAAUGGCAGAGGCUGUGGUAUUCAAGUUGGUGGAGGAUAUUUCUUCGGUCUUGGCUUCCCAAGCUGUGGAGCAAGCUAAGUCAAGGAUUGCACCAUUGAUGGAGGUAAAAGACAAGAUGAGUGAACUAAAGGGAGAGUUUGCAGUAAUGCAAGGCUUUCUUAGAGAUGUGGAUAAGAAGAAGCACAAAAGUGAGGCAACAGAAGCUUGGGUGGAACAAGUAAGGGACAUCAGCUACCUUGUAGAGGACAUCCUUGAUGAGUACACUCGCCUCAUCCAAAUGAGGCAAGCAAAGGAUGGUUUUUGGGGUUCUUGCAUCUACAAGAUCUUUCAUGAUGUCACAAACAUUAAUGCUUGGCUCAACAUCACUUCUCAGUUGGCCAAAGUUGAUAAACCCCUUCAACAAAAUCUCCUUCAUAUGAAAAAUCUUUAUGGCAUUGAUGUAGGAGUAGGAAGUGGCCAACAAAGUAUUGAUCAUGAGAGGCAAAAGUUUCAGUAUCUUGCGGAGAAGGCUCAUUUCAUUGAAGAAGAAGAAAUUGUUGGCAUUGAUAAAUAUAUCGAGAUAUUGAUGGAAUAUUUGAAGGAUGAUAAUAGAGAAAUGCUGCAACGUAGCAUGAUCUCAGUUUGUGGUAUGGGUGGUGUUGGUAAAACCACACUUGUUGCUCGUGUUUACAAAAAAGUUAAGUAUGCAUUUGAUUGUUAUGCAUGGAUUACUGUUUCAUCUCAGAGCCCUGACGUGGAUGAUUUGCUGAAGAAAAUUUUAAUAGGACUAUACUCAGAAAAGAAGGAAGAUGUUCCGUGCAACAUCAGCACAAUGCACUACAAGAGUUUAAUGGAGAAACUCCACGAUUAUCUUAAAGAUAGGAAGUAUGUAAUUGUGUUAGAUGAUCUAUGGCAAAGGGAUGAUUGGGAUAAGAUAAAACAAGUGUUUAUAGACAGUAAGAAUGGGAGUAGAAUAGUUAUCACAACAAGAAAACAUGAUGUUGCUCUACUUGCUAAUGAAGUUUUGGAAAUUGAGACACUUGGAGAUGAUGCUGCAUGGAGUCUUUUUUGUAAGAAAGCAUUUUGCAUGGAUCCUGAUAGAAGAUGUCCAAAGGAGUUGAAGCAUUGGGCUCGAAGGAUUACAGAUAAGUGCAACGGUUUACCACUCGCUAUAGUAACAACAGGCGGUUUUUUAUCAUUGAAAGAAAAGCGUGAAGUAAUAUGGAAGGAGAUUUACCAGAACCUAACCUUAGAGAUCACUGAAAAUAAAGAGUUUGAACAAAUAUUGUGUAUUUUGAAUUUGAGCUUUAUUGAUUUACCUCCUUAUCUUGUUAAUUGCUUCUUGUAUUGUGGAUUAUUCCCAGAAGAUUAUGAUAUAAAACGAAGCACUUUAGUGAGGCUUUGGGUAGCUGAAGGCUUUGCAAAAGAAUGGGGAACAAAGACAAUGGAGGAGGUUGCUGAGGAUUACUUCAACCAGCUUGUUCACAGAAGCAUGAUCCAAGUUGCCAAGCAGACUCCAUCAGGAAAAAUUAUUUCAUAUAAAGUGCAUGAUCUUGUUCGAGAUUUGAUUUUAUCAAAGUAUAAAAAGAGUAAAUUCUGCAUUUUGAUCCAUGGAGACAACAUCCCACAAGGUAUUCCAGUAAGUGAAAGAUACCGUCAUUUGUCAUUUGGUAAAUGCACAAGUAACUUAAACCUGAAGAUUGAAAACUUUCGGCAUUUACGAUCCCUCUUAGCAUUUGAUAAGAUGCCUACCACAAUUUUCCAAUUCAGUAGUUUGAAACUGUUGAGAGUCCUAGUUCUUCAAAAUUCUCAGAUUAAGAGGUUGCCGCAUGAAGUGUUUAAUCUCUCCUGUCUAAGAUAUUUUAGUUUGAGAGGUUGCAAUCAGAUUGAAAAACUACCAAAUGCAUUAGGCAUGCUAAGAAAUCUUCAAACUCUUGAUGUUCGAGGAACAGGGCUAGUUAAACUUCCAAAUGCAAUAGUGAGAUUGAAAGAUUUGAAGCAUCUCCUUACAGACUUCAUUCCCCUGCCGCAUGGUUUAUCAAAACUGACUGCAUUACAAACUUUGGAAGAUUUCCAAGCAAAUGAGGAGAUUAUUGAUGAAGUUUUGGAUGCUUGGAAGAAAUGA